AUGUGUCCUAAGAGGUCGAUAUCCAUACCGAGGUUGGAACUUACGGCAGCUGUCCUAUCAGUUCAGCUCAGCAAAAUGGUUCAGGAAGAGCUGAGAUUGCCCAUCACCGACAUUGUAUUCUGGAAUGAUUCAACUUCGGUUCUGCAAUACAUAAGAAACGAGAGUAGGCGCUUACGCACCUUUGUGGCAAAUCGGGUCGCAAGGAUCCAAGAUGCCACCGAUGAGUCACAGUGGCGAUAUGUCAACACUGCAUCCAACCCAGCAGAUGAAGGGUCCAGGGGCCUGAGCGCUGAAAGGAUGAUCAAAGAUGGCCGCUGGUUAAAGGGGCCGCAGUUCCUGAUGAUGAAUGAGGAUCAUUGGCCAAUACCUCCAGUUGUCAUGCAGGGUACUGUACCAAACCCUGACAUAUUGCCGCUCAAUGAUGCUCUUGAGAGAGAUCCUGAACUCAAGAGGGUGGUGACGCAGACAGCCUUAGUGCGAGAGAAGCCGAAGGUUAAUGAAUUCUUGACCAAGUACUUAUCAUGGAACCGAUUGAAGAGAGGCGUUGCUUGGCUCUUGCGUUUCGUUCAGUAUCUUCACACCCACUGCAAGGGAUUAGCAGAUGACUCAAGCCUUAAACAAGGAGGUCUUUCCGUAGAAAGAGAUAGAUGCACUUCACUCGAGGAAGCAGGAGACGGCCACCUGCGGAAGGAAGUCCAGGGGGCAACAGUUCUCUCUUCACAAACUGAAUCCUGUUUUGAUGGAUGCAUCUUGCGAGUAGGCGGUCGCCUUAGAAACGCACCAAUUGAUCAGGAGAUGAAACACCCGAUUAUUCUUCCCAGCAACCAUAAGGUGACAGAGCUCGUUAUCAUUCACCAUCACUUGCUAGUAGGGCAUUCCGGGGUUGGAAUGACAUGGUCGUCGCUGAGGGAGAAGUUCUGGGUCGUCAGAGGUGGCGCAACUGUAAGACGUGUCAUUGGCAACUGCUUCGAGUGCAAGAAGAGGAAUGCUCCAUUGAGACAACAGUUCAUGGGUGACUUACCGGCGGCUAGAGUAACGCCAGAUAAUCCUCCGUUCACAUCGGUCGGUGUUGACUACUUCGGUCCCGUCUACGUGAAGCAAGGCCGGAGUCACAUCAAACGGUAUGGGUGCAUCUUCACCUGUUUAUCGAUGCGGGUAGUCCACCUUGAAGUUGCUCACUCUCUGGAUACCGAUGCCUUUAUCAACGCACUUCGACGAUUUAUCGCAAGAAGGGGCAAACCACAGAUCAUCAUGAGUGAUAACGGCACAAAUUUCGUCGGGGGAGAGCGAGAGCUGCGGGAAAGUCUUGAUGACCUGAAUCAGCGGAGGGUUAGUGACUUUCUGCUGCAGCAGGGUAUCAGGUGGCAAUUCAAUCCUCCAACAGCAAGCCAUAUGGGCGGUGUAUGGGAGAGAAUAAUACGGUCUGUGAGCAAGAUCUUGAGGUAUUUGUUGAAGGAGCAAGUUGUGUCUGACGAAGUUUUGCUUACCUUGAUGGCAGAGGUCGGGGCAAUUCUCAAUGCCAGACCAUUGACCCCACUGAGUUUUGAUCCAGGUGACGUCGAGCCUCUGACACCGAAUCAUUUGUUGCUGUUGCGGGCUAAUCCCAGCUUACCCCCAGGUCUGUUUCAGAAGGAAGAUGCAUACAGCCGUCGACGUUGGCGUCAAGCUCAGUUUCUGGCCGACCAAUUUUGGAGCGUUGGCUUCGAGAGUACUUACCUGUAUUGCAACUUCGACAGAAGUGGACGCAGCGAGUACAGAAUCUUCAAGUUGGAGAUCUGGUCCUGGUGGCGGAUGACAGGGUGUCUCUCGGUCAUUGGCCUUUGGGAAGAGUCAGCCAAACCUACCCAGACCAUGAAGGCAACGUCCGACAGGUGGAGGUCAAGACCGGGACUGGCUACUUCAGACGACCAUUCACCAAGCUGUGUCUCGUCGAGAGUGCCAAGAACUAAGUUGUUGUUGUUAUUCAGACUUUAA